CAAAGAAACCAAAAGAGCGACGAGUAUUAUGAAAUCCUCAAGAAUGAUGGGGCGAGUGAAUUGCAUGGUUUAUGUCGUGGUCUUAAGUGCCAUCGCGGCUACAGUCACAUCAUAUCCUUACUCCUCCCCUCAAACCCCGCAAUACAAUUCACCGGUCCACAAACCACCUCACUCACUUAAAAAGUAUUCCCCAUACUAUUCGGCAUCACCACCAUCUCCACAACAAUACAAAAGACAAGGCCCUAACUAUACGCCACAUCCAAAACCAUAUGUUUACACCUCUCCACCACCACCACUAUAUUAUUUUCCUUCUCCUAAGGUAGCCUACAAGUCUCCACCACCGCCAUACGUCUACAACUCCCCACCACCACCAUAUUACUCUCCUUCACCUAAGGUAGACUACAAAUAUCCACCACCCCCAUACGUAGAAUACAAUUCUCCACCACCUUCACCAUACUAUUCUCCUUCUCCAAAAGCCACCUACAAGUCUCCACCACCACCAUAUGUCUCCAAGACACCUUAUUAUUGAUUUUUAAUUGUUUCAUAACCAACAAGCGUGGUUGCAAUAAUUUCUUCCGAUGAUUUUAUCCCUUUGAAUUUUCUCAUAAUUUCUUUCCAUUUUUUUUGUUAUGCCUUUAUUUAACUAAUAAAAUUCUGUUAGUUUUAAAUGAAUUUUUUUUUAAAUAUUUGUUUGAAUUGGCUAUAAAUUUGUAAUAUGUUCAUUUCGCACA